CUCUACUUGAGACGAAAGAAACCUCGCCUUUUUCUUGGCGAAGGGGGCUCUCUCUAUUGUAGUUUUAUUUCCGCCUCUCUCGUCUCUCUCCUCAGUCUCCUCCACAGCAACAUACGAUGGGAGAUAGUCAGUAUUCCUUCUCUCUCACCACAUUCAGUCCUUCGGGGAAGCUGGUCCAGAUCGAGCAUGCCCUAAUGGCUGUUGGAUCCGGUCAGACAUCUCUCGGGAUCAAAGCUGCCAAUGGUGUUGUUAUUGCAACCGAGAAGAAACUUCCAUCCAUCUUAGUCGAUGAGACAUCCGUACAAAAGAUACAGUCUUUGACACCAAAUAUUGGAGUUGUAUACAGUGGGAUGGGUCCAGACUCCAGAGUUUUGGUUCGGAAAAGUAGGAAGCAGGGAGAGCAGUAUCACAGACUUUACAAAGAACUAAUCCCUGUUACACAACUUGUAAGGGAAACAGCAGCUGUUAUGCAGGAAUUCACUCAAUCCGGUGGUGUAAGGCCUUUUGGGGUUUCGCUGCUGGUUGCUGGAUAUGAUGACAAUGGUCCGCAGUUGUAUCAGGUGGAUCCUUCAGGUUCGUACUUCUCCUGGAAAGCUUCGGCUAUGGGGAAAAACGUUUCUAAUGCCAAGACGUUCCUUGAGAAGAGGUACACAGAUGAUAUGGAGCUUGAUGAUGCAGUCCACACAGCCAUUUUGACGUUGAAAGAGGGGUUCGAAGGGCAAAUUUCUGGCAAGAACAUUGAGAUUGGCAUAAUUGGCGCUGAUCGAAAAUUCAGAGUCCUGAGCCCGGCGGAAAUUGAUGAUUACUUGGCUGAAGUGGAAUAAGUGGGUGUCCUCACACAGCUUCAGUUUAGUUGUUAUCUCCAAAUUUCUUUGUCAGUGAUUUAUCCAGUUUGGAGUUCGUAAACUCCGAAUCCACAAAACUCAAAUUCUUGCAGAUGGUUACAUAAUGCAUUCGGAUUUUUCUGGUUCA